CACCGGCAGCCGGCGCCGGCCGCGGCCCCGCGCCGCCGCCGCCGCCCCUCUGGAUCUAUAAGCGGCCGGACGGAGCGAGCUGCGGCCCCUGCCCCACCGCGCUGCAGGUUAUUGAUCAGCAGAUUUGUUCUCUCUCAUGAGCGUUAUUAGCUCAUCUAUUACCUAGAAAGAAGAGAGUGGAAAACUAUUUCUCUCCGACUUUCCAUUGAACCACAUUAACUGCUUUGUUUUGAAUUUUUUUUUUUUUGUCUUUAAAUACAAGUUUGCCUAAUUUUGCAAGGCACUAAUUGCAUGGGUAUAUAGCAUCUUCACCAAAAGGAAGGAAAAUCAUCUUACUGCAAUCUUAAAUGCCGGAUUCUGGAUCAGGCGUGGAGAGUACAGCAGGGACGGUAGUCCCAACACCAAGCCAUUUAGAUCUGAAGAGACCGUACAGCUCCUAGGAAGCCAAGCAGGCAGUCCUGCCACUCAGCGCCACCUUUCUCAGCCCCACCCGUUCAGUUACCUUAGCAUCCUCCACUCUGAAACAGGAUGAUUUGGAAAUUCGCCUUGUCCGUUUUUCUGAUGGCAGCGCUGGCUAGAGUAACAGACACCAGGAAGAACCGUCCCGCGGGAGCAAUUCCAUCCCCUUACAAAGACAGCAGCAGCAACAACUCGGAGAGGAGGCAGCACCUCAACAAGGAAGUGCUGGCCUCUAGCCAGGAGGCCCUUGUGGUCACGGAAAGGAAGUACCUUAAGAGUGACUGGUGCAAAACACAGCCCCUGCGGCAGACUGUUAGUGAGGAGGGCUGCGUAAGCCGCACUAUCAUCAACCGCUUUUGCUAUGGGCAGUGCAACUCCUUCUACAUACCGCGGCACGUGAAGAAGGAGGAGGAAUCCUUCCAGUCCUGUGCCUUUUGCAAGCCGCAUAAGGUCACCUCGUCGACUGUGCAGCUGGAGUGCCCUGAGCUGGACCCCCCUUUCCGACUCAAGAAAAUCCAGAAGGUGAAGCAGUGCCGCUGCAUGUCUGUGAAUCUCAACAACUCAGGCAAACUGUGAGAGCAGGCGGGUACCUACUGCAUGGCGUUGCCCCCCUCAGAUUUACUGCUGCCUCUCUUCUCCCACCGAGCAGACUCACUGUCUAUUGUGUUGGUUUGUUGCUUCUUUUUUUUCCGUGUUCUUUUUUUCCUUCUUUCAGGAGGCAUCUCUCCAGCAAGGAAAGGCUCCUUGUCACUUGCCUACUGGAAUAAAGCUUUUUAAUGGGCUGUGUUAGGCACUUUGCCAUAAAGUUUCAUUGCAUUUCCAGUGUCAGCUGACGGUUGAAUCCUCCAGAGUGCAGCAGGUUCCCAGAAGUUGGGAUUGAUCAUCUAAGCGACCAGUUGGCUGAAUCCAGUAUUAAAUGUUUCCACUGUGUGGAGUAAAGCCCUCUGCCCUACACUCCAGUCCCCUCCACAAGAAGAGAAGGCCUUGCUAGUGUUUCAGUCCAGGCUUGCUGUUCUCACGACCAAGCGCUGGGUGUGCUGCCCGGAGCUGGGCGACGCAGACACAGAAGAGACAGAGUAUUACACCGAAAGAAAGUGAGACUCUCUUGAUGAGGCUCUUCUUGCAAAGACAGCUUUGAUGAUUGAUUGUGCAAUGACCAACUCUUCUGGGCUGGUUGUCUGAACCACAGAUAAGAACCGAAGGGGAGGGCGGGAAGUGUUAGGUCAGCCUCCAGGAUCGCAUCCGCAGACUGAAGAUGGAUUCUAACACUGUUGUGGUUAGAAUAUAUCAAACACAUGGUCUCUGCAGUAGUGUUUAUUUUGUAACCUAGCUAUAGUAAACAGCUGUUUAAAGUAUUAUAGACCUAGCCAUGUAUAUUUUCCUUGUGGCAGAAUAUGCCAGAGAUUAAAAUGUGUUGAGUAAGAGACAUGGUUGCUAGAUCAGUAGCCUGGCUUAAAAUGGACAUGUUUUUAACUAGGCUUUCCAGUAGGUUUUUUUGUGUUAGGUAUGUGUGUGUUUCUUACUCCAAAAAAGGAUGGCAUCCAUUUAUUACCUUGUAUUUAUACCUGCUCGGAUUGGUGGAAAUGGGAUGGUAGUAGGAGAGGAGCUGAAAACACUUAAGGAAACAAUGUUUCACUUAAGGUAUUAAAGCACUGUAGCACAAAAAACAAAAUUUGGUCUUUGUUGGACUGAAUACAAAAGCUGCCUUAUGCACCAGUGUGUCAGGUGUUGGGAGCGGCGGCUCUCCCAUGCAGUGGUUGGAAACCAGGUAACUUGUUAGUAUUAAAGGGCAAAACCACCAGUAAGUGCUCUUGGAAUGGGUCACAGCUAUAGGAGCAGGGAGAAACUAAGCUGUAAUUACGCAGUACUGGUGGUCUGCUGAAAUUUUGAGUUCUGACUUAUCGGUGUUGUUAAAGUUCAUUUAAAAUUAUACCGUGUUGUUACUUUCUUAGCAGAGUUUAGCUUGUCUGUAUAUCUCAUUUGUUCCAGUUCUGAUCUGUAUUAAUACCAGCUGCAUUAAAGGCCUACAUCUAAAAACAAACCAGCUCCUUCUCCCAGACCGAAGCCCAUGCAUGGUAAGUUGUCUGAAACACACCAAUUAUUAAAAAUGGCAAGCUGACUCCCUGACGCAUGUCAUACAGUUCUGCAUUUAGUGAAACCAGCUUGCUGUAGGAGCCCUUCCCUGCCAGCCUCCUUAGGUACCGUCACUCCAAGGGGUUAAUGCGUUUAGUGCUCUCGCCAGCCAGGAGUGCAGUGCCACAGGUCUCUGUUAUGUGAGACAGGCUGCUCUAAGAGGCUUUCCAGACUGAGCUCCAGUGGAGCUCACCAAGCGGUUUACGGGGAUUGGCACGGGCAGGAUGAGGUUGGUCAGGUAUGUUAGCCCUCUGCAUGAACCGCUAUGCAAUGUACUUUCUGUUGUGGUCUUUCACAGUCGAAAACGCAGAGGGAGACUCCUUGCGCUUUUGAAGCCACCACUGCGAGGCUGUCAGCAUCAUGCCAGCCACUGAAUGGGCAAUAUUCAGUCUAGGCUUGAGACUGCUGGGGGGAGGGAGGGUAAGGAAGGCAGCAAUAGUUAUAAUCUAGUAUGACGCCAGGGAUCGUGGUCUCCCUUUGCAAGAAAAGAACUGAAAGCCAGGCCCUACUAGCAUUUUGGACUAGAGAGGGAGAAACACCUUAGUAACUUCAGUUAGGAAAAAUGUGCAAGAAUCUUUAUCUUUAAGCUAUGACCUGCCUGGGUUUCUCAUCAGUUUGCAAUAUGAAUAUGCUGCAGCUUAAAGCUCCUUCUAGGAGCUGUGUUUAUGUAAAAACUGAGUUGAGCUUGUAAUGGUUAAAACUGUAUUUAAUUCUUGUUUUAUAAAUGAAAACAAAAAUGAA